GGUUGAGGGGGGUUGGUGGAGAGGGAGUUUGAUGGAAGGACAGGGGGAAAGAGAGGCAGCCAUGGCAGGACGACUGUCCGCUCUCCAGGAGCAGCUGGUCUGGGCCCUGCUGGGCUCCGGACUGUCACGGGAUGUCCUGGUUCAGGCCCUGGGGGAGCUGGAGCGGGAGAGGGCCUCGGCGGGGGGUGAGAGCGGGGACCGGGGGGGCGGGGAGAGCUCGGAGGACGGAGAAGAGGACUUCCCGCCGCCGAUAUUCAGGGAGCUGGACAGGCUUCCCCCGGAGGAGGCUGCCCGGCAGAGGGGUGAAGUGGACCGGCUACUGCAGGAGGAUCCAUGGCAUGUAGCCAAGCUGGUGAAAAGCUACAUGCAGCAGCACAACCUUCCACAGAGGGAGGUGGUGGAAUCCACAGGACUCAACCAGUCUCAUCUCUCCCAGCACCUCAACAAGGGUACACCCAUGAAGAACCAGAAGAGGGCAGCGUUGUACACCUGGUAUGUCCGGAAGCAGGGAGAAAUCAGCCAGCAGUUCACCAAUGCCAGCCGGGGUAUUACAGUGGGGGAGGAGACAGGAGAGGACUCGAGGAAAGGUCGGAGGAACAGGUUUAAAUGGGGUCCUGCUUCCCAGCAGAUCCUGUUCCAGGCCUACGAGAGGCAGAAGAACCCCAGCAAGGAGGAGAGAGAGGGGCUGGUGGAGGAGUGCAACAGGGCGGAGUGUCUUCAGAGGGGUGUGUCCCCUUCCCAGCUGGCUGGACUGGGCUCUAACCUGGUGACAGAGGUGCGAGUGUACAACUGGUUUGCCAACCGCCGCAAAGAGGAGGCCUUCCGCCACAAGCUGGCUCUCGACACACCCUUUAACAGCCAAACCACAAGCUCCUCAAGCCACACCCUACCCACAAGCCCCUCUCAUGGCAUGAAAUACAGCCAGCAAGUCACCAAUGAGAGUCUGGGAUCUGCCACAGGUCAUCAUGGAGACAGGAAUGUCAGUGGCCGACUGGUUGUCAGCCCUGUCCAGCUGGAGCCAAGCCACACCCUCCUGGAGACACAUCACAAACCAGUGUCAGGAGGUGGUCCUCUCCCUCCGGUCAGCACCCUGACUGCCCUGCACGGACUCUCUGCCUCACCUGCACCCCCCCAGGGCCUCAUCAUGGCCUCCCUGCCCAGCGUCAUGAGCCUGGGGGAAUCUUCGCUUCUUAUUGGUCUGGCCUCCACUCAGCCACAGACCGUUCCAGUAAUUAACAAUGUGGGCGGCGGAUUCACCACCCUUCAGCCAAUCUCCUUUCAGCAGCAGCUCCAUACCUCGCACCAGCAACCAAUCACGCAGCAGUUCCCAGGCCACAUGGGGCACAGCUCCUUCAUGGCAACAAUGGCGCAGCUUCCCUGCCACAUGUACAGCAAAUCCGAGCUGUCCUCUUACACCCCGUCCAGUCUCCUGUCCCAGGCUAUGGUCAUCACAGACAGCAGCAGCAUCGGAACGCUUACCAGCCUAACUGCAGUCAGACAGAUUCUACCUACAGACCAAGAGGAUCAGACAGACCCCCCAAUCCAGGAGGACUCUCUUCACCUGCACCCCAACUCACCUGUUCCGGUGUCCUCUGGGAGUUUGGAACUUUACCCUCAGCCACAGCCAACUGAGACCCAUCCACCUCAUCUCCUAGCUUCUCCAUCAGCAGACAUCGACCCCUACAUCCCUACACAGAUGGUAUCUACUGCACAAUAGCAACAGCAGUGCAUGAACCUACCAUUCAAGCAAGGAGAGGGGGCCAAAACAGUAUCUGUUGUAUAUACACAGAAGAAAAUUAUGAGUGUGGCAGUAAUGGAGAGAUGCUUUGCAGACAAAGACAUAAGAACAAUAUAUUUUACUGCUUGCUACUACCUCUGUAUCAAUCAGCCAUUACUCACAAAGAGCUGAAUGCCUUUCAGUACUACUGUAUGUCACUGCCAUUGGUCUGAUCAGCUGAAGUUGCAUGACUUCACGAGUGUCUAUAUCAAUACCUCGGUCUCAUACUUUUCCACAGUCAAUGAACACUUGUGAAGAAGAAUCACCAUAGUUUAUGAUAUGUUGUGAUAACCGGUAAUUCUCACCGAGUAAAGGUAAACAAACCCGUCUCAACAGACAUGUGUGAUUUGCCUACUCAUUGCCAAUCCAUCCA